ACAGAAGAUGCACCGUUAUUUUGCUCCAUUUGCGUAACAUCUGUGCGUUGACGAUGUUUGCGUAACCCUUCCACGCCAGCUGCGGAAUCGUUGCGCAAGGGGGAGUUUAGACAAGACAGCUGACGAGGCUGCAGCGAGAGGGGGCUUCUUUACGUCCGCUCGCUUACACGGAUAGCGUAAAGGUUACGCUGGUUGCAUAGAUACGCUUAUGGCGUAACUAACGGUGGAGGGGGUUAGGAAGCGACAUGGCGGCUCCGGUGUGAAGCGGAUGGGCCGAAGCACCAGAAGCUGGCUGUGGGGAGGCAGCUCAACCAUGAGUCCCAAACUUGGUCCAUAAAGAGCAAAGUGCUCUGAUUUGAAAUGACGACUGGUGACUGUUGCCACCUUCCUGGUUCCCUGUGUGAUUGUAGAGGGAGUGCCACCUUCCUGAAGUCCUUGGAGGAUUCAGACUUAGGCAGGCCGCAGUAUGUCACCCAAGUGACUGCUAAGGAUGGUCAGCUUCUGUCUACAGUGAUCAAAGCACUGGGCACACAGAGUGAUGGGCCCAUCUGUCGAAUAUGUCAUGAAGGAGGUAGUGGGGAAAGACUAUUGUCUCCCUGUGACUGCACUGGUACCUUAGGUACAGUACACAAGAGUUGUUUGGAGAAAUGGUUGUCCUCCUCCAACACAAGCUACUGUGAAUUGUGUCAUACAGAGUUCGCUGUUGAAAGAAGACCAAGGCCUGUCACAGAGUGGCUGAAGGACCCGGGUCCUCGAAAUGAGAAAAGGACACUCUUCUGUGACAUGGUGUGUUUUUUAUUUAUUACACCAUUGGCAGCCAUCUCAGGUUGGCUGUGUCUACGUGGAGCGCAGGAUCACUUGCAGUUCAACAGCAGACUUGAGGCUGUCGGGCUCAUUGCCCUCACUAUAGCACUUUUUACUAUCUACGUUCUUUGGACAUUGGUAUCAUUCCGCUACCACUGCCAGCUGUACUCCGAAUGGCGACGGACUAACCAGAAGGUUUUGCUGUUGAUACCAGAUUUUAAAAUGGCUUCCACUACCCAACAUUCCUUGAUUUCCUCCAAACUCUUAAAGAAAGCUGCGGAUGAGACCACUGUAUGAGACUUGGUGCCUGGACCAAAUUGAAGAUUGAUCAGUAAGAUCUGUGGAACAAUUUACUCUUAAAUAUUUAUAUAUAUAUUUUUUUUCCCUGGUUGUAUUACCCAGCAAACUAUUACUAGAGUGAACUCAUAAAACAAAAUGUAAUUUACAUUAUAAUUAAAGAAUUGUUCAAUAACAUGAAAUAAGUAUCCAUAAUAUUUUUUCACGUGGAACCAGAUUAUGUUUAAUGAUGUACACUAACUGGAAGGAUAUUGGAAUUCAUAAAUGUAUGACAUUGAAUUUGGUACAUUUUAUCACCUUUUAAACAUGUAGUAAUACAAAUAACGGAGAUAGGACAUCAGGUUUAUCACCAUAUGUAAAAGUUUAUAGCACUGAAUGCGUCUCAGUAGAAACACCAAAAAAUAAACUGAAUAAAUCAUAUAAUUUAUAUAUUAUAAGUUAUGAAAAAAAAUAAAUUGUUGAAAUAAA